UCGCUCCCGCGGCCAGGCUUGUGGAAAAAACUGCAGCGGCUGUUACCGGAGCCACGCAGAGAGGAGCUGAGUGCGAAAAAUCACUGGCUCUGGCGAGAGUUGAGCUACACACACUAGGAUUUUUGCGUUAUUCCUGCCGAGGACGACCUUGUCAAAACCGGGAUUUACGGCCGCCAAGAAGUGGGAGUACCAACGGGGAGGUAUUCAGCGUCUGGGAGGAAAAUUGGUUGCAGCCUGAGGAUGCCCUGUGGCUUUGCCUGAAUCAGGGAGUUUUGGUAUUUUCAGAGUUAUAACACUCAAGACAACAGGGAAACGCAUAGCCCAGCAGUCAUUUGUAGGUGCCAGAAGUAGGUGCACCUCUGCUUCACCAACUGCGACUCCAUGGCUGCCAGCGCUGCCUUUUGAUUAAUUGCACUCCUUUGUUUCCUGUGAGGAUGCAGCCUGUGCGGCAUGACAGGAUAAAUCUUCGCCCGCUGAACACGGCUUGAUCAGCAAAGUUUGAUUCAAGAGUUCCUGCUUCAUUGUGUGUGGCCCUGGGCAGGUACUGGGCGUUGUCAUGGGAACAUCCUUCCGUACAGGAUCUGACACCCAUGACCUUGUUAGAUGGAUGAGAAGACGGAGUCACCCGCCCCUGUCGAUAUCAGACCGGUCCAGUAAACCCCAGAUCUGAGGCUUGAACAGUGCUCAUCAUUUUGUACUACCCUUAGUACCUGUGACCUGUAGCUUCAUGGAGAGCUUUCCUGUCCACUGACCCAGCAGGCUGCCUUACUGGACCAGCAGCCAUGUCCGCCUGCAGCACCUUCACAGAGCACGUGUGGAAACCAGGCGAGUGCAAGAACUGCUUCAAACCUAAGAGUUUGCACUGUCUGGCACAAAGCAGUGUAAGGAAGCCCCCUGAGCAGAGGCCUCCGACCACUCAGCAACUGAAUCCACCCCCUGCUGGGGCCAGAGCCAACCCUGACCUUACCAACUCUCAGAGGGCUGGCAGUGUGUCUGCCCGUUCAGGACACUUCCGUCCACCGGUGGCUAAAAAGCCAACCAUUGCUGUUAAGCCGACUAUGAUGCUGCCCUGCUCCUCUGCAGCACUAGAUUUAGACAGCAACCUUCAACGACCACCAAACGUGAUAGAGCAGGGCAAAACAUCAGCCUUCACAGUCUGGAAUCGCAAUGGACUGAACCGUAAGAGGCCCAGUGGGCCCAGCAACAACAACAACGAGGGAGAGGAUGGUAGUGAGGAAAUUGAGGGCUAUGGGCAACUAAGUCCAAGGACCCCAAGUGGAAAUAACAACAACAGUGGACUGACAGAUGUCCUAAAGGAGAUUGCGGGGUUGGGCCCUGGCCUUAACCCUUCGCCCCUUUCUGGUUCCAAAGACUUGUUUUGGGGACGAAUAAGUAGUUCAUACAGACGGUCUUUGGAGAGAGGCCUUCCGGCUUCAAGCUGUCUGGCCAUGGGAAGCAGUAGUGGUGGUGGUUGCAGCACUGCUCAAAAACGGGUAUCCCUAAGUGACAGCAAUGAGAUCAUCAGCACAGAGGGUGGUCGCUUUUGCUACCCAGAGUUUUCCAGUGAAGGUGAAGAUGAUGAUGAGGACGAAGAUGAGGAGGAAGAGACUGAAAGGGAUGAGGAUGAUGAACAUGAAAGCUGGGAUGAAAGUGAUGAAGAGUUAUUAGCCAUGGAGAUACGUAUGCGAGGCCAACCAAGAUUUGCAAAUUUCCGCGCUGCUACAUUAUCUCCGGUACCCUUUGCUGCUGGGAAAAAGUGGAAUACUGUACCACUUCGUAACCGCUCACUACAGCGGAUCUGUGCAGUGGACUAUGAUGAUAGCUACGAUGAGAUCUUAAAUGGAUACCCCUCCAUGGACUCCAAUGGGGCUCUGCUUCCCUAUGGGUCCCAUGACAUGCAAGGCAGUGGUUUCCUAUCAAAUACAGAAUCUACCACUUCUCCAGAAUCAUUGUCUUCUUUACCAGAGGAUUCUCGAACAACUUCCAGCAGUGGCAGCAGUGCUCCCUGUGCUCUGCGAAAUGGCUUGCAGUCUCCCACAUCUUCUAAGGCACCUGUUGCCUGCACAUCUCCUAAAAAGGAGCCUGUCCACCGAGCACUGAGUCCUCUCAAGAUGACUGAAACACACAAGGCUGUCCUUGCCAUUAGAUUAGAAGAUCAGGAUGGCAGAGAAGGCAUGCCAAUGCCCCAGGCCCUUCCAGGUCAACCAGUUACUAUCAGCUUUAGUCCGACAGAAGAGCAAGCUAAACCGUACCGUGUAGUGAAUUUGGAGAAAUCUCUGAUCUGUAAGCCUUACACUGUAGUGGAUGUGUCAGCAUCCAUGGCCAACAAAGAGGAGCAGAUUCCAGACUAUACUCCAAAACCCAAAAACCUGUCAAUGCCUUCCAGCCCUACAUCAUUCUGUAGCACUCCUUUAGGUCAGCCCCUCUCUCCAGCCUGCCCUGUUUCUCCAACGUCUCCUGUAAUGCCAACAUCACCAGCAUCUAUAGCACAGCCAGGUACAUCCCGAAAGAAAUCAGGAAACAUACGCUACCAGGAAGUAUGGACAUCUAGCACAAGUCCUCGCCAAAAGAUACCUAAAGUGGAUCUAGGGGUUGGGACUAAUCAUGGCACCUCCAUCCCUGCUCCGCACUGCAGUCACAAGUCAGCUCCCACUUCUCCCAUUGCUGGGCUGUCUUCAUCCCGAACUGUACCUGUGAAGUCCCCCAAUUUAUCAGAGAUCAAAUUUAAUAGUUUCAAUAAUGCAGGCAUGCCUCCUUUUCCUAUUAUUAUUCGAGAUGAGCCAGCUUAUGCCCGCAGCUCUAAGAAUGCUGUUAAGGUACCUAUUGUUAUCAAUCCAAGCGCAUAUGACAACCUAGCUGUGUACAAGAGCUUCUUGGGACUCAGUGGGGAACUGCAGCAGCCAAAAGGAGUAAGUAGUAGAGUAGCCAGCCAUACUUAUGAAGAGAUUGGUUCCUCCGAGAGUGUCCAGUCCUCCUCAACAGAGAAAACUAUAUCUGGUAGAGGCACAUCAGAGAGAGCCUCUUUUGAAGAGACUAAAGCUCCACAUGAAGCAGCGUCAAAAACACCAAAUUCACAACCUAAAACCACUACAGACUCAAGCACUGUGACAAGCACUGUGAUUAGCCCGACAGUCGGGGCCCUCUCUCCCAGUACAUCAUCAAAUUCCCCUGCCAUUCUUGGCAUUACUGCAAACCUACUUAAAACUAGCCCCUCUGCCAGCACUGUUGCACGCACUUGCAAGACAAGUGGAGAUGUUACUUGCAGUAACGAUGAUAAUGCAGACUUAGUUUUAGCUUCUGGGGCAGCAUUAAGCCAUAAGGAGGAGGCCAGUGCUGUGCUUUUACAAAUUGUGGCCUCCAUCCACCCUCCCCAGUCUCCUCCAGAGUCCCCUUCAGCACAAGCCAAAACCUCCAAUUCUGAGGAGCUUUAUGCCCUCCCCCCUGAUGCCAUGAAGGAGACUCUCACCAGACCCAAGUCUCUCUUCUCCACGACUGAUGGCUGUCUUUCCAAACCCAAGAAGGACACACCGUCAAAAGUUUUGUCUAAAUCUCAGAGUGCCUCUGCUGCUGUCCCACUCUCCAGCCCCCGUUCAGAGCCCAAUGCUCCCUUCCCCCCUCCAAGAUCUACAUCUUCCCCUUAUCACGCUUCCAACAUCCUACAGAGACAUUUUGGCAACUGGACAAAGAGUUCAGCCUCCAGUUCCCCUGUACGACCCAGUGAAGGUGAAUCAAGUCCAGGUGGAGAGGGAAGACGCAUUUCAACAGAUAGUGCCAAACCCAAACGUUGGAUCUCCUUUAAGAGCUUCUUUCGUCGGCGGAAAGAUGAAGAUGAGCAGAAAGUGGAGAGAGAUAAGGAAAAAGGCAAGCUUGUUGGGCUUGAUGGAACAGUCAUUCACAUGCUUCCACCACCACCAAUCCAACAACAUCACUGGUUCACUGAGGCAAAACCAGAGGAUCCAACCCAGAAGCCAACAAUCAUUUUCACCUACAAACCAGAAAGUGGCAGCACUCCUGGUGAUGGAGAAGGAGAACUACAAGUAGAGGAAUGCAGAGAAAAUGCGUUACUGAAACCUGAUGAGAGUAAGGAACCCAGACCUUUGAGUCCAGGACAAACACCACCCUUACACACCACUGGAUGUGAUCUCACCAGCAAGGACUUCAGCCAGGUACCAGUCAGUGCCAGUGGUACCAGGGAUCGGGAGCUGCCCGGUGCCACCUCCCUGCCUGCCAAAGUGAAUCUGGGGCUUGUGCUUGGGGAGGGCGAAGAUGGCCAUGCCAAACAGGUUACCACACCAGCCUCAGCCAGCGAGGGCAGCGCCAGCCUUGGAGAGCCAGACGAAGACGGGAAUCACUCCCAUCACUCCCACUCUACCGCCUCCAGCCAGUGCAGUGCCACUUAUAGCAACUUGGGUCAAUCCAGAGCCAACAUGAUCCCACUGAAACAGCCACGGAACAUCAAAGCAUCCAGCGAUACCUUGGCCUCCAUUGAUCUGGACAGCCUUGCUGACCAGCCAGCUUCUAAAGCCACACCACCACCACUACCAAAGAAGUCUGUGCCUCGCUCCAGCACUGAACCCAGCCUUGGAGGCAAGGAGCUAGCCCAGGGAGCCAUGAGACCUCGAGCUGAGGCUAAGCCAGGGGGGACCAACCUGAGUGUGGCCAACCCUCUCUAUGACUUGGAUUCCACCUGGGAGACAGCUAGUCAGAGCUCCUCUCUCAGUUCAGAGCCUCAUCGAGCCCACGACCAUGAGAGCGGUGAUUCCCUAGAGAGGCCAACAGCCACCACAGCCACCAACAAGGGCAGGCCAACAAACAGCAUGUCCUCCCUCGUUUCUUCACCUGCUGCAGCCGGUGCCACGACGGGCAGAGAGAGGAGGGUCUACCCGAGUACAGAGUCUUUGGCUGGAAGGGGUCGUGCAACAGGUCGAGGUGCUGCUGGGGGUGGAGGAGCCUCCAAAUCCCACAGACCUGCUCUGUACAGAGGCUUAGACAGCUGGGAUGAGGUGGUGGGAAGGAUCCGGGGGCUCCACACGGACACACUGCGAAAGCUGGCAACAAAGUGUGAGGACCGUUUCAUGGCUGGUCAAAAGGAUCACUUGAGAUUUGGCACAGACAGCUGGUCCCACUUCAGACUGACCACUGGGAAGCCCUGCUGUGAGGCUGGGGAUGCUGUAUACUACACUGCCUCCUACGCAAAGGACCCACUGGUUAACUAUGCCAUCAAGAUCUGUCGGAGCAAAGUGAAGGAGACCCAGCAGCAGUUUUUCCACAGUCUUGCAGUGAGACAGAGCCUGGCCGUCAACUUCAACAUCCAGCAAGACUGUGGGCACUUCCUGGCCGAUGUCCCCACUCGCUUGCUGCCCUGGGAAGAGGAAGAAGAUGAGGAGGAGGAGGAGGAUGAGGAGGAAGAUGUGAAUGGGCUGAAGGAGAAAGAGAAAGAGAUCAAGACUGACACCAAGACAACAGACUCCAAAGCCUCAAAUGGUAAAUUAGAUGAAACCCCAACAGCAGGUCACAUGAGCACUGCAGGCCGCUUGAAGAGCCGAGUGGUGGUCAUCACACGUGAGGUGCCUUUCCAGACGGUGGCGGACUUUGUCCGAGAGGGCGUGGCACGACACACUCAUAACCCGGAGCUGUACGAGCGUCAGGUGUGUCUCCUACUGCUGCAGCUGUGCUCUGGCCUGGAGCACAUGAAACCUUACCAUGUGACCCACUGUGACCUGCGGCUGGAAAACCUGCUGCUGGUCCACUGCCAUCCUGGCAACCCCUGGAAUCUGGACAUUCUUGAGCCCAACAACAACAGCAAUAGCAGCAGUUCUGGUGCAACCUCUGCCAGUGCUGCUGCUGCUGCCGCCAACGCCACCUGCCCCGCCCGCCUCAUCAUCAGCAACUUCUCCCAAGCCAAACAGAAGAGCACUCUCAUGGCCACUGACCCUGGUACGCUGCGCGACCAGUCACGCCUGGCACCCGAAAUUGUUACAGCAACUCAGUACCGCAAGUGUGACGAGUUCCAGACUGGGAUUCUCAUCUAUGAGAUGCUUCACCGACCAAACCCAUUCGAGGAGACACCAGAGCUGAAGGAGCGGGAGUACACCUGGGCAGACCUGCCGCCGCUACCUGUCAGAUCGCUCUAUUCACAGGGUCUGCAGCAACUGGCCAGGUUACUGCUCACCGUCAACCCCUCUGAAAGGAUCCGCAUGUCCGAGGCCCGGGCCUGCCUGCAGUGUCUGCUCUGGGGCCCUCGUGAGGACUUGUUCCAGGCGCUGGGCUGCAGCAGCACAGGCCCCAUGUCAGGGGCCACAGCCAGCCAGCGCGAGGCUACCCUCCAGAACUGGCUGGACCUGAAGAGGACUCUGAUGAUGAUCAAGUUUGCCGAACGUUCGCUGGACACGGCUUGUGGCGUGAGCCUGGAGGACUGGCUGUGCUGCCAGUACCUGGCGUUUGCCACCACGGACACCCUGAGCCGGGUGGUGCACAUCCUGCAACAGCCACAGCCAAAUCCUCAGAACCAGAGCCAGCCAGUGCACGCAGCACAGAACCAAGCUCAUCAAGCACACACUCUCCACCUGACUCAGUCACAACCGCUUUGAGUUCCUCUCCCUAGCUGUUACUAUGGCAACAGAUCCAACUUCCCUGGUGUGGUCCCUCUGCCGACGCUAAUGUGUGAUGUGAGCUAAUAGUCAGCUUUGUUGUUGCAGCAGCCACAGUGCUCACCUAAAACUAAACAGCUGGUUGUGCAAUGUCUGUGUUUCGUUCAUGGGCAAAUCAAUCCACAGAGCGAAAGGCUGUGUUCCCAUCUAACAGGCCAGGCUUCAUGAUCAGGGUUAUUCUUAGCACUCAUUAACAACAGUGGGAUGGUUAAGAGUCCGGCAGAUGAAGCGUCUGUCAAACCCAGUCCAAGACAAACUGGAACAUUAGAAGUUGGCAGUGACUUUUCAGACGUCUCUUUUCGGUCCAGUUCAUCUUCAGUUUCUUCAGUUACUCACAUCUCAUAUGUGUUAUGACAUAUGAAAUUUCAUAUUUUUAUGGGUUUUGUUCAGCCAGUUUCUGUAAGACUACAGAAUUGUGAUAGCUUUAUAUCCAAUGUGAUUUGCGAGACGGAUGUCUGAGGGAUUCCUUUGAGGCGUUGUCAAAUUAAAUACUUUUGAGAAAGUGUUGCGCAUAAAUAUUAAAUAAAAACAUUUUCAUCUAAAGAUUCCACUUAAUGUCCUCAGUUUCUGGAGAGAGAACCUCAGAAUGUAUCAGGGAUGUGGAUGCAACUCACACUAUAACAUAGUGUUGUAUUUUAAGCAACAGUUCAUUCUUCAAAAGACUAAAAGGAGAAAUUUAGGGAAUGAGGAAAAAAGGAACAGUCAGAACAGACUUUCUAACCGUUGAUGGAUUUGUCCUUCAAAAUUAAAUUCAAUCACAGUGAAAUUUUUUUUUUUUUUUAAACUAGACUGAUGCAAAAGUGAAGUAUGUUUUACCACUGAAGCCAAAGAUCUGCCAUAAAAUCUUUACAAGUUUACUACAAACUGCAGUCAGACGUGAUUACAGUAACUAGAUUUAUUUUUGUUUUUUACAGCUGAGGCUUGGUUCAAGUCAGUGAAAUGUCAAAGCCAGUCUGGAGUUCAGUUUAACAAAAGUUACACCGUUAAAUUUUGUUGUAUUAUUUAAGACAAAACUUUUGCACAGGGCUUUGAGCACAGUUACAAAACAGGUUUGAACCGUUAAAAUGGGACACAACUUCUGUGGCUGUUGGUUUGGCUUCCUGUCGGAGUAUGUGCAAUUAGUAUCUUUGUUGUUUCCUUUGGAGGUAAUGGCUUAUGGACAUUUUUAUGACAUUAUGCGGUCUUUUACUAAUCCUCUUUUCCAUUAGUUUUGUGGCACAUAAACUGAUUCAUUUCAGUUAAAUCCUACAAUUUUAGAAACAAAGUCAAGUUCAAUGUAAAGAACUGGGAGACAGGGAUGUUUCAGGGACUGCAAAAAAGUUCUUCUUUGUCUGUUGUGUUGUUUUUGUCAAGUUGUUUUCGAGGGGUUGUGCGUUACGGAUGACAUUUGCACAUUCAGUCUGAACAUCGGCACUCCUCGAUGGAGGUCGAGGACGCGAUGAUGCAGGAGAGACUGAGAAAAAGUUCCUUUGACUUUAAGGAACUGGAUUUGAAUUGUUUUGCAGCGUGUGGAAUGUAAUGGUUUGCCUGGACUGAAACGGACAUUUGGACCUGGUCUCUGAUCUGACGGCUUCAGAAACACACUCAUCUUCCAACUGAACCACUUCGUUUCACUCUUUUGUGUAAUAAUCAACCAUAGCCUUGAGGAGAAACUCAACCACCAAACUCUAUUCACUUGCCUGGUUUCCCCGUCCUCUUCGUUGUUAUCCUGCCAGUAGGAUGACAGACCCUGCAUUUAUCCUGUGCUUGACACUCUAAGGAUUUAUUCUGCUUUAUUGAUCAGUAUCAACCAGCUAGUGGAAGUAAUAUAUGAACACAAGCCUCAACUUCCUAUGAAAACAAUAAGAAACUGUUAACAUUUAGAUGUGGAUUUAUUUGUGGCUAUGAUGUUCCAACACAUCUUUCAAAUCAGAACCAAACGCGACUCUGUGUACUUCUGUCUUCUGCAGUUUGUUCCCUCGAUACAGAAUCCGGGCGGACGACGUUUUCAAACUGACAUUGCAAGAAGGCUUUCAAAAGUUUACUCUGAUUUGCUCUGGUUCAGUUUGUCUUUUCAUAUCUGUAAACUACAGCAGUUCAGCUUGUCACUGGGGUAUAAAUGUACUUUUGGGAUCAGGAUCCUGUGAUCGUUUUGCUGCAGAUGUACAAUACAAGACUUAAUGGUCCACGGAGUGAAAAUGAGACAAAGCAGGUGUGAGUUUGUUGCUGCGUUUUAAAGGGUUUGUGUACUAAAGGAAUGCGUGUAGACAGCACUGGUGGCUGUCCUUGUGUCUAGAGAUUUAAGCCUUUAUAUAGUAUAUAUAGUAUAAAUAUAUAUAACCUUUAUCUAUUUUAAUCCACACACUAUUUUGUUGUUUAUGGAGCACCUCUAUUUCUGUCUUUAAAGAGUCUAAAUAUCAUUUAUUCAUGUUUUAAAGCUUUACUUGACUUUCUUCAACCUCGCUUGUUUUGGGGGAAGAAAACGGUGAGUAGUUAUCACUGUCCUAAAAAAAAAUUUUAAAAAAGGAUAAAUGAGAAAAGAUCUUUUAAUCUUCAAGCCACAUGAUAAGGAGCAUUAAUAUACAGAACAAUGUACAGUAUUUUUACCCCUCUCGUAAAGUUAUCUGCUUAGGAGAUGAACCACUUUGAACAGAGGCUGAAGGAUGACCUUUGAACAAUGCAUUAAUACAUCCAUCAACUGUGCAGCCUGCAGCGAAUAUUGUUUAUUUUUCUUCUCUUUGCUCUGUUCUUUCUCUUUGCAUUGUUCUUUGCCACUGAACUGAAAAACAGAAGCUCUCUUAGGCUUUCUAGUAAUUUGUGUACAGUAUGUCUCCUGGCCAGCCGCCAUUUAUUGUUGAUCAAGUUAACCAACAGUAACAGAACAAUAAAUAUAUGUUUUUAUAUAUACA